AUCAUCUCCGUCUUUCUUUCGUGUUGCUCCCUGCCGUCCCUUCUGGACGGAGAUGUUAGCCAGUCUCGCAGCCUACACAAGCGACGCUGCAGGAUUGGAAAAAUGCCUUCGUUUCUUACAGGCGAUCUGUACCAUUGCUCUUGGACUGCUGCACCCAUUCCAUUCGCAUGUUGAAGGGUUGAGGAGGGCAAAGGGACAUUUUGCUCUUGGUCGCCGGUACUUUCGCCUUUUGAAAUGGUAUCCAUGCAGCGUAGCCGCGCGCAAGUGCAUCGAAGGCAAUAACCAUCAGUCCCUUUCGGGGAAAGGGAAACCAUCAGCCAGGGAGACGUCGUCGAUGAGCAUACCAACUCUCCUCGACACCACAAAGUGGACGCUCUUAGCUCUGUACUUUUUCUUGGAGAUGUGGACUUUCACAAAUGCAAUGGGCGUCACGACCUUCACUUGGGGUACCAGAGUCCAACUGGAAGCGAACAAAUGCUGGUUCUACGCUAUUUGCGCUUCGAUUGCGCUGUCUCUUUACAGUCUGCUCUUUCCAGCUGCCAUAUCAAACAUCGCGCCUAGCAAGGCUACGGAUAGUGCAGCUCGCACAUCUCCACCCUCCAGCCAGUCGAAUCGUGCGAGCCAUUGGAGCCUCAUGACAGGCCUGCUCACCGAUGCAUGCGAUCUCCUCAUCCCGGGCUCAGCCAUCGGCUGGACUCCUGCUUCAGGCCUGGUUGUCGGAACAAGCAUGGCGAUUUCAACUCUGCUCAGCGGGCGAGUAAUUUGGGUCAAAGUCCAGCAAGAAAGGUCAAGCUGAGAUGUAGCUCCGCGACAGAGCCAAGCAGAAUCGUCAAGCUCAAGCCGCCACAGAUUUCGUCUCAGGGAUUGGCCCAUGCUUCUCCAUAACUUCACUUGCGACUUGCAGUACGUGCGCAUGCACGGACGAUGGAGCGCAGACGAGGCCAUAGUCUGGCAGAAGCAGGCACGUCAGUACAAUGACAAGACCCCGAAGGUAUGGCUAUACGUACUCGCAGCCAUCUUCCUCCCUUGCGAGAAGUCAAUCGCCUUGCCAUCCAAGUCUGUGACUUUCCCGCCAGCUUCCUCGAAGAUGAGGAUACCGCCCGCGUGGUCCCACCUGUUCGCCAACAUGUCAGCAUGAACGAUGUGGAAAGCGGCCUCGAUGGGAAAGCCAAAGGGUACUACGAACAUGUUACUCCUCCAGCUCGUAU